AUGGCGAGUCUGGGGCGUGCCAUGCGCCGCUUGACCUCACAUCCACGCCUCGACAGCAUUACUGACUUGUUUUCCAUAAUCUCUGCAGAAGCCCCACAAGUCAAUCUCUCCCAUGUGGACACUCAAUUGAACAUGCACCAAUUCAACGGCUUUUUUGAAGACGGAUCUACGGCCGCCGAUGGCCUCAGAGGUCAGUCCCAUUCUAUGUUGUAUUCGGCCCCAAUGCUCAUUCUAUCCCUGAAAGAUUCCCAAGGCUCUGCCUCUGUGCCCUCCCAUGCACCCACAAGCCCCGAACUGAACACCGAAGCACCAACAGAAUGGUCGGCCGUCGGCCAUGCGGCUGCCACCGGCAAGUCAGGACGAGUCAUUCACAACCUCCAGGAGGAAAUCGCACGCUUGACCCGAGAAUGCAACAUGUACCGGUCGCGCGCGGAAGAAACGCAGCGGUCGAACGAAACCCUCAAAAUUCAAGUGCAAAAUAUGAGCGAGCGAGUUCGAAACCUGGAGCAAGUCCACGAGACCAAUCUCAAUUCGAUCGCCCGCAAAGACAAGAAAGUGGAGGAGCUGCGUAACGAGCUGCAUAAUGAGCGGGUCAAGCGCCAAGAUGCGGAUGCCAACGCCAGCAAGACCAACCAGACCAUGCAAGACGAACGCGAGAGUCACAACCGCGAGCAAGCAAAGAUGCAAGAGAUCGCCAAAUUCCACGAGACACAGUACGAAGUGCUCGUUAGUACGACCAAACGCGACAAAGCCGAACUCAGCAAACGAUUCAAGACACUUUUUGCGGAACUGCAGACCCUGGCACAGGCACAGAAAACCCAACAUCUGUCAUUUGACCGGCUGGACGUUAUUGCCGAGCAAAAGAACCGCGAGAUUGAUAAUCUGAGAGAAACGAAUGAGAAACUCCUGGCGCGCCAUGCCGACUACAAAACCUUAAAGGACGAUGAGCUACGCGGAGAGAUCGAGCGCUCUCACGCCAACAACGACAGCAUUGAAGCAACCCUUGCAUCAAUCAAAGAAGUGCAAGCACAAAUGAGAUGGGCUAUCCAAAUCAACGACAUGGAAAAACAGCGGAAAUACAAGGAGAAACACGAGGAACCCAGCAAAUAA